GGCACCAGCCCGUUCUGUUCUGAGAGCCUGUCCUGCUGAUUGAUGCGCCUCCUCAUUGGACCGCAUCCUGCUUCAUCAUGGUGAACCUGUGCUGCCUCUGCUGCGGUGAACUACCGGCGGAACCCCGCCCCCCUCCGCCCCGCCAGCCAGGAGCACAGAGGGACCCCCCCUCUGCACAGCAGCAGCAGCAGCAGUCUGCGGGAUCAGAGCCUGAUGGGGGACUGAGGGAGGCUGGGACAGGGCAUGCAGACAGGAGGAUCCCUGCAGGGAAGCAAGCAGAUCGGACUGCAUGAGCUUCUGACUUUCCUCUGACAUGCAAAGAGAAGCAGGAUGCUCUCCUCUGACCAGGACCGCACAGAGGAAGCGGCGCCCAGGGGCCCCGAUGCCGCUGAAGAGGAGGAGGAACUGGAGGAGGACUCACCUGCAGAGAGCGGUGCUCCAGAGGCGCAGCGUCCGGUCCAGCAGUCCCUUGGUGCCUGCGUCUGCAGAGAGUCCCACUGGCGCUGCCUGCUGCUCUCCUUCCUCAUGUAUAGCUGUCUGGGUGCGGUGGCUUGGUGUCGGGUGACCCGGGUCACUAAGAUCAGCUUCAACUCGGCCCUCACCUCGUCCUUCCCCUCCUCGCUGCGUGGCCCUUCUGGGAUUGGGAUCGGAGGGCACUCUAUGAUCUACCACGACAGCCCGUGCUCCGACGGGUACAUCUACAUCCCACUGGCUUUCCUGCUCCUGCUCUACGGGUUGUACAUGGUGGAGUGCUGGCACUGCAUGGCCCUGAACGAGCUACAGUCCAAAGCAGACGUGGACAGCGUGUAUGAGCGAGUGUUACGGAUGCGGCAGGCCCAGCCUUGCAUAUGGUGGAAGGCUAUUAGCUACCACUUUGUCCGGAGGACUCGACAGGUCAUCAGAUACCGCAACGGAGACGCCUACACCACCACGCAGGUCUACCACGAGCGGGUCAACACCCACGUGGCUGAGGGAGAGUUUGACUACAGCCUCUGUGGAAUGAAAGACAUCUCGCGUGAACUCACAGGCCUGGAGGGACAUCCGACGACUCGCCUGCGCUUCACCAAGUGUUUCAGUUUCACGGAGGCGGGCCCAGAAAACAACUACCUCAACCAGAGAUCCAGGUUCUUCUCUGAAAUCGAAGGUCUGGAUGAUUACAUGGAGGCCCGGGAGGGCAUGCAGCUGAGGAACGUGGACUUCAGGGAGAACGUGGUAGUCUGCGUGGAUCCGGAUAGCAUGCCAUGGUACACAUCUCAGGCGGCCUUCUGGCUGGCUGCUCUGCUCAUGCUCUCCUGGCCUCUGAGAGUCUUCAUCGAGUACCGCACUGCGUACGUGCAUUACAGAGUAGAGAAACUGUUUGGGUUGGAGUACAUCUGCAGCAGCCCCUCCCCUCUGGAUGACGCCGGGCCUGCUGGGAGUAACACCGGCUGUGUCAUCCCUAGAGUGGACACCCUGGACAGCACUGAGAUGGAGUGGCACAUACGCUGCAACCGCCAGUUGAUUCCCAGCUACUCAGAGGCAAUGCUCAUUAGCACCAACACAGAGACCUCUAACUCUGCACCAAACACAUCCUCCUCCACCUGCCUUCUCUUGCACAGCAAUGCCCAGAGCUCCAGGGCGCUCAGGAACCAGGACGACCUCACCUGUUGCAGUGAGCUGAAUGGACAGGCUGCAGCAGGAGGCCGGAGGAGGACCAUCACCAGCUCUAGCUGCUCCUCAGGCUUCUCCUGCCACGGAGCUCUGCUGCUGUCCCACCUUUCUUCCGACACGUCUCAUGUCUCUCUGUGCCGCAUGUAUGGCUCCCGUCGGACCGUCACCCCAUGGAGGAGCCGGAGCAGCAGCCUGUCGGACGCCUGCUGCCUGGACGAGCACUGCUGCAGGUCCGACUCCAGCCAGCUGGCACUCAGCGACAGUCCUCCAACUUAUAGAGACGCCCACUUCUUCCCUGCUCUCAUUGUGCACUGGUCAGAGUCUGGUGAGGACAGAAGGCGCUACUAUAUAAGGAGGGGGUCAUCGUGUGUGGAGACGGUGUUGUAAAAAAACUGGAACUUAAAGGACUCAAAAGACACAGCUAGAACUACAGCUGGUUUAAAUCUGAGCUGAUCUAUGUGUCAGAAUGUCCUAGUCAAAGUAAAGAACUAAAUCUGAUUAAGAAUCUGUGUUAAGGCUUUAAAAACCUAUCCUCACAGAUGUUCUCCACUCCAUCAGACUGAGCCAUAGCUGUUUUACCAAAAGCAGACCUGCAGCUGGAUCUGCAGAGAAAUGAGGCUAUGCAAAGUUCUGACUCAGUGGCCCGUUAGGAAUGGACACAAACAAAUAACAAAACCAUGUGUCCCUUUUUCCUCAAUUACUUUGUGUCUGUCAUAUAAAAUACACGAAAAUUUGUGGUUUAAAUGUGAAGUGAAAAAUUCAAGAGGUCUAAAUACUUGUGAAUGAAUGUAGACUGAAACAUUGCUAUGGUAACAAAGGGUCAUAGUCUUUAAUUUUCCCUGAAUGUGUAAUUUGCUCAAUGAAAUGUCUGCAGAUGGGAGAACAAUUCUUGUCAUGUUAAUGUGUCCUCUCUGCACGAUCCUGCUUAAUCUGUUAGAAAAGCAUGAAUCAAUUUUAAAAUCCUCAUUAUGUAAUUUUUCCUUUUCCUGCAGAUAAAAUGAAGGAAACUGUUAAACAGUCUUAUGCUAAUUUAGAGGUUAUUGUUUUGAACUGUUAAGGUUUCAAUCCGAAAGAUGGGACUAAAAACUGAUUAAGAGCUGUUAAAUGGGUCAUUAGCUGUUAGUCACAUGCUGGUGAAGAUUCUCAGUCUUC